UAAACUGUUACUGAUAGAUGUUUCAUUAAUAAGCUUUGAAGUGGGUAUAUCUGAUGUAGAACUUCAGGGCAGUUUGUUUUUUCAAUCUCAAUCGGAAUAUGACAUUUUAUUGGUUUCUAGGGCUAAGAUAGACAGUUUGAAAGUUUGUGACCUUUCAUUUGGAAACGUUUAUUUUCACUGAUACACGUUGGAAACGUGAUGAAAGAUGACCUUAACUAUUUUAUGUAGAAAACUCUGCUUUUAUGGGAGCCGUUUGCUAUUGUGCCCGGUGUUGGAGACAGGAGGAUUGUCCUUCAGGCAUACCUCAACCUUGCGAAGCUUUGUCGUUUGUAAUCCACCAGUUGUGCAUCGACUUCUCUUUGCCCCUCACUCCUCUGCCUUCCACACUGCCUCAUUUCUUGGUGCAGGGCACAAUAAGUGGUCCAAAGUUAAGAACAUAAAGGGGCCAAAAGAUGCAGCCAGAAGUCGUAUGUUUCUUAAGUUUUCUUUGAUGAUCAGGCAUGCUGUGAAAGAAGGGGGAUCAAACCCAGAUGUUAACAAUCCUCUGGCAAGUAUUAUAGAACAGUGCAGAAAUCGCAACAUGCCAAAGGCUUCUAUUGAUGCAGCGAUUAAAGGAGCGGAUAAAUCAAAAGCUGCAACAUAUGCUGUGUAUGAAGGAAGGGGACCAGGAGGGUCAUCACUGCUUAUUGAGGUACUGACUGACAGUAGUGCCAGAUCUCUCCAGGAAUUAAAAUUAAUUGCAAGCAGAAAUGGGGGAGUUCUUUGUGAUGGAGCCCGACACUUCUUUGAUAAGAAGGGAGUGGUUAUUGUGAAUGGAUUGAACAGUGCCAAUCAGGCAGUGGAGCUUGACAAAGCCCUUGAGAUUGCCAUUGAGGCUGGAGCCGAAGAUGUCCAGCAAACAGAAGAUGAUGAUGAAAAACCAGUUCUUAAGUUUAUUUGUGAGUUGUCUACUUUGAAAACUGUGAGAGAGAAGCUGAACUCUUUGGGAAUGCAGACUUUAUCUGUGGGACCAGAAUUUAUUCCCAAUGUUUUGGUACAGCUGUCUGAUAUGGAUCUAGAAGCUGCGUCACUGCUAAUUAACAAGAUUGAUAACUGCCCAGAUGUUGUGCGAGUGUAUGAUAACAUUGAAUCAAAGAAUUGAUGGCUGAUUCCAUGCUGAAUCAUAGUCUGUAUACUACACUUACAGUAAAUGGCAGGAUUAGUUAAUGCAGAACUUGAAUGCUUUUAAUGCUGCUGUUGGGCCAUAAACUUCCAGAUGCAAUAAGAGGAGGAUUCAGGAUUGAUUUUCCCAUUCAUUCUGAUCUACAGAAAUUUAAAAAAAUGUACAGUGUUUUGCUAGUUUCUAAAACUGACUGCCGAAUAAAUAGUAUAGCACUAUAAAGUAUAACAUAAUGUUGGCAGGUGUUUGUGCACAAUGUGGUGAUGAAUACCGGGGGAAAACUUGAUUAUUUUCAGAUUUUGCUAUACCCAGAAGUACAACACUGUUUGUGUUCAUGCACUUUUUUCUUAUUUUGUCUGUUUAUCAGGAGUGCAAAAAAAGUUAUUUAAAUAUAAGUAGUUGCUGUUUCUGUGGCAACAUAAAUAUGUUUAGCACCACAGACAUCAGAUUAUAUAUGUAUCCUCGCCCAUAUUUUAGAUAUGAAAUUUUUUGUUUCAGAUACUAACAGGAGAUGUGAUUGAAAUUGCACUCUAAUGAUAAGUUUCACAGAGAAGUAACUGUUAGCCUUAGGAAUGACGGCUUGUUUGCAAGAUAUGCUGUUGUGUUGAUGGUUACUUCGAGGAAUAUUUCUAGCCACAGGAUAAGGAGGGGUUGCAAUCUUGGAUGUUACCACUUAUCUUUGUUUUCUUUCCAAGAUAGUCUUUAGUCGGCAACAAAGUUUGUUUUAGAUAAUUAGUUGAUCUGAGAUGAGGAGUUCCAUGUUCCUUGGUGAUUAGGACUAAGGCUGACAGGAUUUCAACACCAGGCAUAUAAAACUUUCCCAGGCUACUGGACUUUCCCCUUGCCAAUACUCCUGUGCAUAGAAGACCCCCAUCCAGGUCUUUUAUUUUGCCAAGUACUGAGAUCAUCAUCUCUCUAAAAUAGCCCUAGUCUAUUUUAGAAUUUUUCAUGGUUGUAUGAAAAAAAAUUAUUGCUUUUUACUUAUCGAUUUCCUCUUUAGUUAGUUACUUUCUUUUCCUUUGUAUUUCUUCCUGAAUUAUAGACAAGUGUGCACUAAGCUAUUUUUUUUACUGUUUUUUUUUUAAGAGAAUUUCUUGUCGUCGCCAUCAUUUCUGGAGAAUUUUCACUUUGCCCUCUUUCAGCUGAUAUGUAAUGAGUUGACUCAUCUCUUUACCUCAGUUUAGUUGCUGUUGUAGUUCAGCGAUUUGUAUGCAGUUGUUCAAAUACUGAUUGGAGUUUGUUUUCUGCAAGAUUUGCCCAAUGCCUGCUAUCCCUUCUUGCAUUCAUUUGGCUCAUUCAUUCCUCCUUUGCUGCAGGUAGUGGUCUAACUGGACAGUGUGCGAGACCUGCAGCCAGUCUGCACCAUAACCAUAGGUGGCAACUUGGUAUUGGUGAGCAGACUAGUUUGCUAAUUUCAUCCCAACUCUCCCCCAACUCAUUUCUCUUCUAUUGAUGGCACUCGAGUUCCACUAUAACUGCUCGCACGAGAGUACAUAUGCGCUACCAUACAAACCAGCCCUCUGCCUUGGUGCCACUAGUACAGUGUGCUGAACUAUGUCUAUUCCCCAAGGAUGGGCAAGCCAGCACCAUCUACUCAUUCAUUCCUUCCUCGUUUGGGCCCUUAGGUGCUUAUGCUGCUAGUCAAACACAGGGUAUCUGGGUUAUAGUGAAGGCUUGGUCCAUCUAUGUCAUUGGGCCAGGCAGUACUUGCUUCGUAGACUGUUUUUUCUGUUUUGCUGUUAGUUGUUUCUUGCUUGUCGUUGCAGUGACAGUUGAGUUGAUAUGAUAUCAGUUGCUUUUCCUUUGCUGCUGUUUGGACAUUAAAAAGCACAGGUGUGGAAGAGGUAUCCCCCCCCCCCACCCCCAGCAAACUGAAAAGGUGCAGUUGUUUGCAUAGGUGAUAAACUCUUUCCAGUAUGAGCAUGGUUUAAUUCUUCCAUUAUUCGAGAUAGGAGAACCAGCUUAACUGUUACAGUGAUGAAUGUUUCAGCUGUUACUGAUGUGGAGGCUACACCGUCAAGUUUAAUCUCAAGAUCCACUCCUCUCGUAUGUAGAAGAACCGAGACUUUGACUGAACAGCCUGAGUCUAAGGAAAAAUAAUUAAAAGUGCGCCUAGAUCUGACAGGAUUGAAUCAGAGCACUUCAAGGAUUUCUGUCCUGUUGCUGGGAAUUCCAGGUCUGAGUAGGUUUCCUUGACUUAUUCCCCCUUCUGGAGAUUCUAAAUUCCCAGUCUAAGUUGUCUCUGGAAAUUCUGAAUGACAUGCCACAGAGCUAAAAACAUUUCCUGUGUUUCUGAUGUAAAGGCUAGAAAGAUAUUUGUAACCACUAGAUCUUCUUUAUUCAAGUUUGUCAGAUCAACACUUUCUUUUAACCGGAUUAUAGAAAAAUGGUACAGACAUUUUUUGAGCUCAAGCAUAUGGACUCUUAGGUCUCUUCCCUCACAAACAUUGAGACAUUUAGAAGUCUUUCAUCUUUGCCAAGUUUCACUGUGCCACUGUCUCAGAUCCUUUCACUGGGCUACUUUUAGGCCCUGAUCCCAGUGAAACCAGUGCUGGACCUGCAGGAAUCAGUGUCAAUAUUGACUGUGACUUUAGUGUUAAAUCUGAUCCUAAUGAUAGAAAUGCUGACUUUGCUAUUGAUGUUGCCAACAGUAGCUCUGCUGUCAGCAUCAGUAACUUAAGCAGCAGUGCCAUUGGUUUUGGCGAGAGGGAAUCCUUUGGCUUUAGGGCUUUGGUUUGAUCCUGCAUGCCCAUGUUAAUGCUGUCCUUUCUGGUACCAACCUUGCUAUUGCAAAGGUUGGACUUCAAGACUAUGGUGGUGGUGAUCUCACUGGCAGCCUUGGGGAUGAUUGUUUUUUCAUCCUUGAUGGUCAUUGUUGAUUUGCAAAGCUGAAGUGUGAGACUGAUAUUUUUUAUUUUGACUUUAGUCCUAAUUGGUUAUGGACGUUACCAUUUGGGACCAAUGACAUCAGAUGUGGGGAUUACUCCAGUGUGGAUCUUACUGCUAUUAAUGUAGGCACAUUUCUUGCCCUUCAUGCCUGUAAUCACUUCAGACAUAGCAAGAGACUUGCACUUGUCAGGUACUUCUCCAUUUUUCUGUGGUCUGGACAGAGGGAUCAGAGACCUCUGCUGGAUAAUUGUCACUUUCGGAUAUGACCAGUCAUUGUUGUCAUCUUUCCUGAACCUCACCCCCAAGGAUGACUAAGAAAGCUAAAUGCAAAAGGAAAUGUAGACUUCCUGUAGGAAUUAUCCACUUAAGAUAGUGGGGAGAAUAAGGGGACAUACUCAUGAACUCAGUGGGGCUUGCACCAGAGAUUGUGUGAGGUGUUGGAGGCCAUAGCAGCUUCCAGGAUGGUCACCAGCUUAAAAGAAGGUGUAAUAAUGGCAAAAUAACAAGGGAUACUACACUUCCUGUUCAGGUGAGCAGGGGCAGCAAGCUAAUCCCUGAGGCCUUGCGUGACUGUUCCAUUUUGAGUGCAGUGGGAGUUAUGUACCACUACACUUGUCAGUGUGGUUGGCUAUCACAUGGGACAGGUGAGUCACGACAGUAAUAUCCAGAGGUUACAUAAUUCUCUGCCAAAUCCUUCUUCCCCAGCAACCCAUGUCUCCCCUCCCCUCCCCACACAUACACACACACACACACACACACACACACACACACACACAUUUGUUUCCACUGAUAGAUGUUCCACUCUAUAUGAAGAUUGCAGUAAGAAAAGAGGCAUUAAACCUUUUUCAAAAAUAAGCCAUCCAGGAGGGUCCCCCAAACCAAAAUGACUACCUUGCUACUCAAGUUUCAUUUUACUUAUGAAGAGACCACAUACUUUUGGCCUGUACUUUAUUUGAGCAGCUUAAAUCCUGUAGUUCCAAAAGAGUCCUACUAAAUAAUCACUGUGCAAUCCAUCCUUCCUCUGUCCAGAGGAGGCUGAAUGUGCCUUUUGGAUCUCCAAGGCAUCCAUUUCUACUUCAAGAUUGCCUAGGAAUCUAGAUGAUUUCUAUACUUUUCAAGAGACUGUCACUAUCAGUUCAGAAAGCUUCCAUUUUGGCUUAGCACCCACCACAGGGGUUAACCAAGUGCAUGGCUGGGGUUGCAGUGAACCACAGAUUGCAUCUUUAUAAAAGUCUUUUUGUACUUUGAUGACUGGCUGCAUGCCACCUUAAAAAUGCACAGUUCAGUUAUGGCCAGGUAGUCUCUGCUGAAUCUUUCCCCAUCCUUGGGAUUCACAGUGAACAUCAUGAAGUCUCAGCUGUUGCCACCCAGAUGCUGGCAUUCAUUAAAUUCAUUCUGGAUGCUCUGUCGCACAGCAUUUCAGCUCUUGUACAGAACCCAACCUAUGAAGAAUAUUGAGACUCUGAUCCUCUAAGCAGAAAUAGUUCUGGCUCCUCGAUGCCUCUCAGGUCCUUUGGCCUAAUGGCAGCUGUAAUUAACUUGGCCCUCAAUAUGAGUGCUCUGGUGCACUCUGAAAAUACAGUGGAAUCCUACUCUUUAACCCCACAAGCAAUCUCCAUUCUAAGAUAUCCAAAUCUUUCAAGGAAUAUUUGAGAUGGCAACUUAAAAAAAAUGAAUCUUAUUUUUGACAGAAAACAAAAAGUACACAGGAACGGGUGAGAGGUGCGGUACAAGAAAACUGUUUAAACAAAAAGUAAAAAACAAGUACCGAGCCAACAUGGCUAGGCAAAAAUCUCUAUUUAACAAGGCUGCUGUUGUUUUUCGGCUUUUCCCGGUUAGGGGUCGCCACAGCGGAACCAGUGGCAGUGGUUAACACUGAGCAGCCUGCCUGUCCCUGUAGGAGUGGUUACUGCCUAGAAACUGUAGUUUUAUUGGUCAUUUUGGGUCAGUUCCAAACUCCUUGAUCUCUCUCUUAAAACCUUGCAACUCUCUUUUUGCGCGGUGUUGCGCACAGAGUAGCAUCAGGCAGCGCUGCUUAAACAGGUUUAAACUCUUCCCGGCUCCACAAAGUCUGCUCUUCACUUUUUCCCUUAGAACUGCCC